AUGGACUCAAAGUCUCUGCGUUUCCUUACCCACCAAUGUUUCUUCUCCGCCGUUCGAUCCGGCGACCUUGGGUCGGUGAGACAGGUGGUCGAUAAGCUCACAAAGGACGAGCCCUCAAAUGGGUCCCUCGUUUCUGAUCUGAUGGCGAUGCAGAACGAUGCAGGCGAGCCUGCCCUGUAUGUGGCGGCAGAGAAUAAUCUGGAGGAGGUGUUCAGUUACUUGCUCCAGUUCUGUAAUAUAGAGAUUGCAAAGAUCAGGUCCAAGCAUGAUAUGAACGUCUUUCAUGUUGCCGCCAAGCGUGGCCACUUAGGUAUUGUGAAGGCACUUUUGGCAAUUUGGCCUGAGCUUUGUAAAUUGUGUGACUCGUCAAACACUAGCCCUCUUUAUUCAGCUGCCGCUCAGGACCAUUUAGAGGUAGUUAACGCCAUCUUGGAUGCCGAUGUCAGCUCAAUGAGGAUAGUGAGAAAAAAUGGUAAAACUGCAUUACAUACAACUGCAAGAUAUGGCCACCUACGUACUGGGAAAGAACUUAUAGAUCGAGAUCCAGGAAUAGUCUGCAUAAAAGAUAAAAAGGGUCAAACUGCACUCCAUAUGGCUGUAAAAGGUCAGUGUACUCCGAUUGUAGAGGAGAUUUUGCUUGCUGACCGGUCUAUACUGAAUGAACGCGACAAGAAGGGCAAUACAGCUGUGCAUAUAGCUACAAGGAAAUGCCGUCCACAGAUAGUGGGCGUUCUGCUGAGCUAUAGGACUAUUGAUGUCAAUGCCAUUAAUAAUCAUUAUGAAACUGCAAAGGAUUUGGCAGAUACACUACCGUAUGGAGAAUCAACAUUGGAAAUUAAAGAAGUACUAGCGGAAGCUGGUGCCAAGUAUGCAAGACAUGUUGGCCAAGUGGACGAAGCCAUGGAACUGAAGAGAACUGUGAGUGAUAUCAAGCAUGAGGUGAUGUCACAGCUUAUACAAAAUGAAACAACUCGACGGCGAGUUUCUGGUAUUGCCAAAGAACUAAAGAAACUUCAUAGAGAAGCUGUCCAGAACACUACCAAUUCUAUUACAGUAGUUGCUGUUCUGUUUGCGUCGAUAGCCUUCUUGGCCAUGUUUAACUUGCCUGGCCAAUAUGUAAAUGAAGGACCAGAAGCAGGGAAGGCUAACAUAGCUGGUAGUGUUGGUUUCAAAGUGUUCUACCUGUUAAAUGCUACGUCUCUUUUCAUGUCACUAGCAGUUGUUGUGGUUCAGAUCACUUUGGUGGCCUGGGAGACAGGGGCUCAGAAGCAAGUGGUGUCGGUGGUUAACAAACUAAUGUGGGCUGCCUGCGCUUGCACUUGUGGGGCUUUUCUGGCGAUAGCCUUUGUGGUCGUCGGAGAGGGGAGUUCAUGGAUGGCUAUUACCAUAACCGUUAUGGGAGUGCCAAUGCUUGUUGGAACUCUUGCAAGCAUGUGCUACUUUGUUUUCCGGCAACACUUUGGGGGUUUCCGGCGCGACUCUCAACGGCGCAUCAAAAGGGCCAGUGGAAGCAAGUCCUUCUCGUGGUCAGUCUACUCGGCAAACAUCUCAGAUCUUGAUGAUGACUAUAACUCCGACCUUGAGAAAAUCUAUGCUUUGUAA